UUUAGCCUCUUUCCCAGACUCGCGGUGGAAACUCCGCCCCCGUCUCCGCGGAAACCCGGCGUCUGUCGCUGCUGUCACCGCGCGCGGAGCGCGGGGCCGUGCCCCUCCCCGGGUUUGCAGCAGCUGCCAGGCCGGGAGCGAUCGCCAUCACCCCUGAACCUCUCCGUUCCUCUUCUCGGCCCCCUCCCUCUCUGUUGUCCUUUCGUGCCCCAGACCACAUCCUGGAGUCCGCGCUCCCGCACGGGCCUCAGCUGGGACCGUGCACUCGGCGUCCAGCCCUGAAAGCCGCCGUGUGUGGCCUCCUUGUCCCCCCGGGCCCACCCCUGGGCUGCGCCGAUUGGCCGCUCCUGGGCCGUCCCCCCGCCCUGGGCAGGCAGCGUCCUCUGCCCAGCGGAAAGUUUUCCGUGCCGGGAGGAAGUUGGUUGUUUGGAGAGUCCGAGAAAGCAGCUCCAGGGGCUGCAGGGGUCUGGGCGGCCAUGGAGGAGCCCCCUUUGCGAGAGGAGGAGGAGGAGGAGGAGGGGGACGAGGAGGAGGAGGAGGGGGAAGAGGCUGGGCCCGAGGGAGCUCUGGGCAAGAGCCCCUUCCAGCUGACCGCCGAGGACGUGUAUGACAUCUCCUAUGUGAUGGGCCGCGAGCUGAUGGCCCUGGGCAGCGACCCGCGGGUGACACAGCUGCAGUUCAAGAUCGUCCGCGUCCUGGAGAUGCUGGAGACGCUGGUGAACGAGGGCAACCUGACGGUGGAGGAGCUGAGAAUGGAGCGGGACAGCCUCAGGAAGGAGGUGGAGGGGCUGCGGAGAGAGGGCCCGGCGGCCGGCCGGGAGGUCAACCUGGGACCAGACAAAAUGGUGGUGGACCUGACAGACCCCAACCGACCACGCUUCACCCUGCAGGAGCUGAGGGACGUGCUACAGGAGCGCAACAAACUCAAGUCGCAGCUGCUGGUGGCAGAAGAGCUGCAGUGCUACAAGAGUGGCCUGAUUCCACCAAGAGAAGGCCCACGAGGAAGAAGAGAAAAAGAUGCUCUGGUUGCCAGGGCCCGCAAUGCCAGCAAAAACAAAGAGGAGAAGACAAUCAUAAGGAAGCUGUUCUUUUUCCGAUCAGGGAAGCAGACAUAGAUCUGAGGCCACGACUAAGGAAGGCAGCAGUUCUGAGCCAAGAUGACAUCUCACGAAGACUACUUCCUCACUCAUCUCUGUGUCACGCACACCCACUGCACUUGCUCGCUUGUUUCCCCUCAAAGCCGUCUGAGCAAGAAGGGGUGAGU